CAUUAAUAUAAUGCUCUUGCACUGCUGGAGAGCAUUACUUAAGCCACCACCCUCAAAUGGUUUUCACUCACAUCCUCCCAAUAUCACCAUCACAUCUUUCGUUUCAGGUUUUUUAUUUGGUUGGAUUUUUCAGAAUGGGAAGUGCAAGACUCACAAUAUGGACAAAUCUUCUAGUGUGUGUACUGCUAUUGCUGAAGACAGAAGGAGGUAUUGUUCCACUCAUUCGUCUUGAGAAGGCGGUAUCAAAAGGAGCUGUUUGUUUAGAUGGCACUCCUCCAGCUUACCAUUUUGAUGAAGGGUCUGGAGAAGGAGUUAACAACUGGAUUGUUUUCCUUGAAGGAGGAGGAUGGUGUAAUAAUGUCACUGAUUGCCUUUUGCGUAAGGACACUCGUCGAGGCUCAUCUGACCAAAUGACUGAGCCACGUUUCUUUAAUGGAUUUUUAAGUGAAAAUCAAAAGUUUAAUCCAGAUUUCUACAAUUGGAACAGAAUCUUGGUUAGGUACUGUGAUGGUGCAUCUUUUACUGGGGAUGUAGAAGAAGUUGAUCCGGCGACAAAUUUGCACUUCAGAGGAGCAAGGGUGUUUGUAGCUGUAAUAGAAGAAUUACUUGCAAAAGGAAUGCAGAAUGCUGAAAAUGCUAUUCUCUCUGGAUGUUCAGCUGGAGGAUUGGCUACUAUAUUACAAUGUGAUCACUUUAAAUCACUUUUACCUGCAGAAGCUAAAGUGAAAUGCGUUCCAGAUGCUGGUUAUUUUAUCAAUGUAAAGGAUAUAUCAGGAACACAAUACAUUGAAGAGUACUACAAUGAAGUUGUUGCAACACAUGGCUCAGCAAAGAAUUUGCCUCCAUCCUGCACUUCAAGACGCAGUCCAGGGCUGUGCUUUUUCCCACAAUAUGUGGCCUCAGAAAUCAGCACACCAAUCUUCUAUGUAAAUGCAGCCUAUGACACAUGGCAGAUUCAUAAUAUCUUCGCCCGAGGUUCUGCGGAUCCCCAUGGCAUUUGGCAUAACUGCAAGCUUGAUAUAAACAACUGCUCACCUGAUCAGCUAACUGCAAUACAAGGCUUCAGAACAGAAUUUAUAAAGGCGUUGAGUGUGACAGAAAACUCCAGAUCAGAAGGAAUGUUCAUAGACUCUUGCUAUGUCCACUGCCAAACAGAAACACAGGAAUCAUGGUUGUCAAGUGAUUCUCCACAGCUUGCUAACACAAAACUUGGCAAAGCAGUUGGGGACUGGUUUUAUGAGCGAAGUCCUUUUCAAAAGAUAGAUUGCAGUUUCCCUUGCAACCCUACUUGUCGUAAUCUUGCAUUUGAUCAACAAGCUCACCCUGGAAUUUAAGAUUCAUCCAAUCAGUCGAUAUCAUUCCAAUAAACCAAGCUUAUUGGUUCACUGGUAUGAGAAACUAAGGAAGGAAAAUAAGAGAAAGAUGCUACUGCUUGGAGCUUGUGUGCAGGGCACCCUCAAUCAUUGUUUGGUGUUAGUGUUACUACUGUCAAAUUAUGUUACUAAUUGGUCUGUCUGUUUGACAAUGUUUUCAUUUGUUUACAAACUAUGUAAAAAAAUUCAAACUGUUACUAGAAAUUGCAUGAGUGAUUUUAUUAUCCAACAGUUCAAAAACACAGGACAGUUGCUAUGUGAUCAUUGAUCAAAGAACCAUGCUUCCAUAAUUGAGUAGGUAUCGCAAUAUUGGUAAAAGAGUGGGAUAAACUCAUGAAAUGAGAUUGUUAUAAGAUUAGAAAGUUAAGUCCACUUCAAUUUUUUAUAAACUGAGAUUAUAAUUUA